AUGGAACCCGUCCCCGAGACCGAGAGAAUGGAAGAGUUCCGACGUUCGCCUCUUCCAUCCCUCAGAGUUCAGAAUCCCACUCUGCUCCCUCGCGUCGACACCGACCCUGAACCCUUGCGGAAGCCGCCCACCUUGCGACGUCAGACCGAUCCGAGUCCCACCUCUCCGACCGCCCCGGCAUGGACUCUACCCCCUCUGCCAUACCGCCCACGUACUACCUCCCCUCUCUCCGGCCACCAUACAAGAUCGAGAUCCGCUGCGAGUUUGGCUCCCCCCAUGUCUCGGACUCAGUCUAUGCCUGGCGUCAACGGCGCUGGUCACAUACUCUUCGCGCCUCAAUUCCGUCCUUCCAGUCCCUCGGGCUCCCCCAGCCGCAUUCGAAUCCCUCGAAAACCCGUCGACGAGUCUUUUCCUACCUCACCAAUUCGCAGCUCUGUGUUGGAACCCGAUCGCAAGCCUGCCGACCUCAACAACUCCCCGGGUCUGGGUAUCGCCACAGCUUCGGCGACCCUGCCCCGUCACCGCCGCCCUUCGUCACCUUUGAGGCACCCUGGCCACGCCAGUACCGGCUCACUUCCCGCACUGCCAUCCACGCCAACCUCCGUGGCAUCUUCACCGUCCUUCAGGCCCUACGAGGUCUUCUCGCAUGGCUACGGCGUCCCCGCUUCGUUCCCGUCCUCCGUGCCGUCAACCCCUACCUCCACAAGAUCUAGGAGCCCUAGCAUUUCCAGUCUCGAAACAAUACCCGAUUCCCCUGAUGCCGAAGAGGCGGCUAUGGAAGCAGAACGCAUCGCUCAGCUCAAGGCAGCCGCCGAUGCCGCUGAGCGAGGCGAAUCAAACGAUGCCAAGGGCAGAAGCAGCUUGGACGUGCCGUCGAGAGGCAGGACGCUGGGCUUCGGUUCCCGAGACAAGCGGAAGCGAUGGAGUGUUUGUGGUGCCGAGCGACGUCAAGAUCUUGACUUGGAAACGAUAUGGGAGGAUUGA